AAUACGUCAUAAAAAACACCAAAGAAAUAAAUUAUUAAAAGAACAUUCUGCAUCCACUAAUGAAGUAUCCACUAAUGAAGUAUCCACUAAUGAAUUAUCCACCAAUGAAUUAUUCACCAAUGAAGUAUUCACCAACAAAAUAUCCAACAACAGAGUAUGUACCGCUAAUGAAGAAAUGUUAAUUGAUGAAACAAUAAUUACACAUAAAGAACAUUUACAGCGAACUC